UAAAGCCCAAACAGAAUCAAUCAGUCCAGUUUCAGUUCCAGUACGCGUAAGGUUGUAUUGCUAAUUUGGUGCCGGUUGAAUUAUAAAGAAAAAGAAGAAAAGUAUUGCAACUGGAAAAUGGAAUCUAGCAAAUCUGAAUCUACACAAAAACCGACUAUGGUGUAUAUUUGCGGAGAAUGUCAUCACGAUAAUGAAAUACGAUCCAGAGAUCCUAUUCGAUGCAGGGAAUGUGGAUAUCGAAUUAUGUACAAAAAGCGCACUAAAAGACUCGUUGUGUUUGAUGCACGAUAAGCACGUAACAAUGUGCGAUGUCCAUUUUGUAAAUUUAUAACUAUUAAUGUAAAAUUAUUUAUUAUCAUGUUAAGGAUUGCUUAACUUUUAAUAAAAAAUACAGUUUUAUCGCAAA